UAGUUUAUCUAUUUUGUGCUGUGUGCCAACACCAUUCCAAAUUGUGGGGUACCCAUUUGCCCCUAUAAACGUCCUAGCUUGGCUUUUCUUUUAUCAUACCUCGCAGAUUUACACGAGCUCUAAUCUAUUCUCUCUCCCACAGGCCUUGGAAGAUAGAUUUGUGCAAAUUUUAGAGAUAUUGCACCAUCAUUAAUCAAUCAUCCAUGCUUUGUGUCCAGAAGCUCAAAAGCGACCAAAUGAAACCACUUGUUUUUGAUUCUACAAUCCUACAACAUGAGGCCCAAAUACCCGAACAGUUCAUAUGGCCCGAUCACGAGAAGCCCAACUCCCAAAAAGUGAAGGAACUUGAGGUUCCUUUAGUGGACCUAGGAGGCUUCCUUUCUGAACGACCAAGUGCAGCCAAGGAAGCCUCCAGGCUUGUUGGCGAGGCUUGCAAGAAACAUGGUUUUUUCCUAGUGACCAACCAUGGAGUCGAUGCAAGCCUCAUAGCAGAUGCCCAUAAAUACAUGGACAUGUUCUUUGAGCUCUCACUUGUGGAAAAACAACGAGCUCAAAGAAAACUCGGUGAAAGCUGUGGAUACGCCAGCAGCUUCACCGGACGAUUUUCUUCAAAACUACCUUGGAAAGAAACACUCUCUUUUAAAUUCUCCGGCGAAAAUAAAUCAUGCAACAUCGUGAAAGACUAUUUUGAGAACACAAUGGGAAAAGAAUUUACUCAACUAGGGAAAGUUUACCAAGAAUAUUGCAAUGCCAUGAGUAAACUCUCACUUGGGAUCAUGGAAUUACUAGGGAUGAGCCUCGGUGUAGACCGCUCCCACUUCAAGGAAUUCUUUGAAGAAAACGAUUCCAUAAUGAGGCUAAACUACUACCCAAGAUGCCAAAAACCAGACCUCACCUUAGGAACCGGACCUCAUUGCGAUCCAACAUCCUUAACAAUUCUUCACCAAGAUUCCGUUGGCGGUCUAGAAGUGUUUAUAGACAACGAGUGGCGUUCCAUUGCUCCAAAUCCAAACGCUUUUGUCAUUAACAUCGGUGAUACAUUCAUGGCACUUUCAAAUGGAAGAUACAAAAGUUGCUUACAUAGAGCUGUGGUUAACAACAGAAUCCAUAGAAAAUCACUUGCUUUUUUUCUAUGUCCAAAGAAGGAUAAGGUGGUGAGGCCACCAGAUGAACUGGUGGAUGAAAUGAACCCAAGAAAAUAUCCAGAUUUUACAUGGUCUAGCUUUCAUGAGUUCACUCAGAAACAUUACAGAGCCGACAUGAAUACCCUCCAAGCUUUCACCAACUGGAAUCAAAUAAACAGCUGAAAAAUUUUCAAACCUCUUUUUGUCUUUCACAUGAAACAGCCAAAACUUUCUGAUAACCUUAAAUUUGAAUUCAAGUUUAACACUUCUUAUGAACCAACCAAAAGAUGAUCAAGAGAUUUGGUCUAGCUAGCUCUCAAGGGAUUGCAUUAAUUAUAUAAUAGGGCAUGAAGAAAGGAAUAUUGAGGACCAUGGUCUUAUGGGAAAGCUAGUUUGGCCAUGAGUCAAACUAGAAAUGUAUUAAGAGAAAAGGAGACAGCAAUUUUGUAAUUUUUUUUUGUUUUGAGUAAAUAUCUAGGAAAUAAUUUUGACUUACGAUAAGCUAGUAGUAUUACCAACUAGCUUUGUAAAAUUGGGAGUGAAAAAAACAAGAGGCAUUAAUAACUACUAGAAAGAGGAUCCUAUGAUUUAUCUAUUUAUUUCUACUUUUUAUCUAUGCUAGCUAUCUUAUUUAUUUUGUA